GCAAAACAUAACAAAGAAUCAGUCAGCAGUCAGUCGUUGCUGAAACAGACAGUUGAUCGCACGUAUUUACUACGAUUAGACGUUGUGUUUAUAAAAUUUAAGUUAAUUUUAAUAGAAAGAGUUAACACCUUUACUGCAUUCAAACUGCGAUACACUUAUCGUUGCGUCCAUUGCAAGAAUGUUUUCAACGAAAAAAAGUUUGGACAAGAUUCUGCAAGUCUACAAAAAUGAAAUUCGCCGGCAAAUUAGCAAGACAACAAGCGUUACUAACUCCGAUGCAAUGGCACCGAGGCUCGAUCAAUCCGCGAACAAGUCACCGCAGAACGAUGAAAUCGGUCUACCUAAGAAGUUGUUGAAGUUGCAGAAAUAUCACAGAUUCCUGUCGACCCUCACGCCGCAGCAAAUGCCACUGGCCGCUCGCGGACUGGCGGUCUCCAAAGACCAGUCCCGGGAGUUCAUGGCUUGCUUCCCGGACAUCGUGAGGGACCUCACAAAGACUGGCAAGCAUAUUGACGUGCCGGAAGCCAGCAAGUGGUUGGCUAAGCUGUUGCAGUACAAUGUACCAAAUGGAAAGAAGAAUCGAGGUCUAGCCACCGUACUUGCGUACAAGAUGCUUGAGAAACCUGACAAUAUGACGCCAGAGAAUAUACAUUUGGCGAAUAUUAUGGGAUGGUGCACGGAAAUGUUCCACACUCAUCAGCUUCUACUGAACGAUAUAAUGGAGGGGUCGGAGAUGCGCCGCGGCGCCCCCUGCUGGCACCGCCGUCCAGACGUCGGCCUCGCCGGCAUCAAUGACGCAGUCUUAGUCCAGUCCGCCAUGUAUUCCACGCUCAAACGUCAUUUCUCCGCCAAAUCUUACUACAAGAAUGUUCUGGAAAUGUUUAAUGAGAUGUUGUUGAAGUGUUCCAUCGGUCACCACUUGGAGCAGCAGUUGUCAAAGACUGAUAAACCUGAUCUAUCAUUAUUCACAAUGGAAAAAUACGAAGCGAUCACAAAAUACAAAACUGCGUACUACACAUUCCAAAUGCCAGUGGGGCUGGCUCUACUGAUGUCGGGAAUCGAUGACCCGGAAACACACAGACAAGCGAAGAACAUCCUUUUGGAAAUGGGCGAAUUCUUCCAAAUUCAGGAUGAUUUCUUAGACUGCUUUGGCGACCCAGCGGUAAUAGGCAAAGAUGGCUGUGAUAUUCAAGAGGGAAAAUGUACGUGGCUUGCUGUCGUUGCAUUACAAAGGGCAACACUGGAGCAACGGCAGAUAAUGGAAGAACACUACGGCAGUUCUAAACCUGAAGAUGUUGCCAGGAUUAAAGAUUUAUAUGAAGAGUUGCAACUGCCUCAUACUUAUUCAGUAUACGAGGAGGCGACGUACGAUCUCCUUAGGACACAAAUACAACAGGUCACUAGAGGCUUACCGCACGAUCUUGCUUUGAAGAUCACUAACUGUAAAAUGGCAACAAAUGUAUCCAUAUCUGAACUGAAAAAAGAAAAGGAGACUUUUCAAGAUGUCCUUCCAAAUGUCAUCCAAUCAAUAGUUACAAUACCAAAAUUAUUAGAAGUACCAGAGUUUUCAAUCUGGAUGAAGAAGGUGCUAGAUUAUAACUUAGCUGGUGGAAAGAAGAAUAGAGGACUUAUAACAGCACAAGCAUAUGAAAUGUUAGAAAAACCAGAAAAUGUUACAGAAGAAUCAUUGAGACAGAGUCGUAUAAUGGGAUGGUGUGUAGAAAUGCUGCAGGCCUAUUUAUUGAUGACAGACGACAUUAUGGACGGAUCCACGACCCGUAGAGGGGUUCCUUGUUGGUUCCGUUUGCCGGAAGUGGGUUUGGGGGCCAUUAAUGACGUCAUUCUUGUUUACACCGCUAUGAUGGAAGUAUUGAAAAUACAUUUCGGAAACAAAAAUGAGUACGCGCAUAUUGUAAAUUCGUUUAACGAAACGCUAAUGUUCACUGCCUUAGGACAGCAUCUAGAUUACACAAUGGCACAUAGGAAAAAGAACGAUUACAGUCUAUUUACGAUAGAUAGAUAUAAUGCUAUUGUUAAAUACAAGACUUCUUAUUAUACAUUCAAACUACCCAUUUGUUUGGGAAUGCUUCUAGCUAACAACACUGAUCCCAACAGUCACAAGAUAGCUGAAGAGAUAAGUUUAGAAAUCGGACAUUUAUUCCAAAUGCAGGACGACUUCAUAGAUUGUUUCGGAUCGGAAUCAGUGACCGGUAAAGCCGGUACGGAUAUCCAAGAGGGUAAAUGUUCUUGGUUAGCGGUAAUGGCGUUGCAGCGCUGCAACGAUUCUCAAAGGAACGUGUUCGUCUCCUGCUAUGGGAGUAAGGAGCCAGCUCACGUAGAACGUGUACAGCGGCUUUACGAACAACUGGGGCUGCCUCAGUUGUACCGCGAAGAAGAACGUGCGAGAUACGACGCGGUCGUGCAAAGAGUACAGAAUCUACCUCCGGACAGCAAUCUCCCGUCGGAACUCUUCCUUAAAACUCUAGACAUGAUCUACAAGAGGGAACAAUAAGUUGACAUAAAUAGCUGAUUUGGGUAACUCUUACAGCUUUACAAAUAAACGCGAUAUAAAGAAACUUAAGAAUAAACUGAGUAUAAGCAAAAUUUGUACUACUUAGUUUUAGUUAACUUUAUACCGCGUUUAUUUGUAAGGCUGUUAUUUUUUAUAGGCAGCUGGACAGUUUAUAAAUCUUGUUACAUUUUUACAAAUUUAAUGUGUUUAGCUUAAGCUGUUUCCAUUGAUGGAAAUGUAUAUACAUGUGGACAUUUUCAUUCUCUAAUAAUAAAGCCGUGACUGUGUAAACCCACGCUUAGCAACUGCGCAGGUAAUAUUAACUUGCACCGUUUUCUGUUGCCAAAUUAAAUAUUAAGAUGUACCUAUUCUAGGUUACUUAAUACGAAAUACGAUUUAAAACAAUUAAGUUUAUUAAAUAAAAAAAAUACAUUUGUAUUAUACAUUAUUACGCGUGUGCGUAUAAAAGGGUGAUUUUCAAAAACAACUAGCUAGAAUAUAAGCUAUUUGUAUAACCUCUUGAGAAUUACAUAACGUGAGUUGUUGCUAAAAGUUAAACCAUUGUCUUUAGUUCGUUUGUAUGUUAUUUCUUAUUUUACAAUUACGUCGUGACCUUAACAUGAAGGUGACUUUUUAUAGUUUAUACACAAUUAACAUAAUGAUUUUAAGUACCGAUUAUUGGGUUUGGGAAUAUCUAUACAAGUCUUUAUAACUGCAAACAUAUUUCCAAAAGUCUGUACGGACGCCUUAUUUUAGUUCCCCUAAGGUAAGAAUAGGAAUUGGUAGUGGAUUUGACAGAGGUUGGGACGCAUAGGAAUGAGAAAUAGCACUGCCAAUACACGUAAAAAUAAUCAAUUUUAGUGAUGCUAAAUUAUUGCGUAAUAUCGUGAAUGGAAUAUAUUAUUUAAGUACGCAAACAACUUUGGUUCAAGUAAGGUCAAGCACGUACUUCAGAGAAUAUGCAAAAAAUUACACGUUUAAUGUAGAUAGUAAUGAAUCAUAAAUCACUGAAUUUACUGGAAACAUCUUCAGUAGCGUAAUAAUAAAAAAACUGGCACAAAAACAUUGCCAUCUUUCUCAUUCCAUUUCAAAAGAAAAGAGAUAAAAAUACGUAUUUAAACUCUCAGCAAUAACUUAUUAUUUCUUGUUUCUGAACUAUCUUGACAUAGGCAAUACUUAUUUAAAUGUUUGCGCUAUGUAUGAAUAUUAAAUAGGCAGAGGCUAUACAUUUUGUUUAUGAUAUAAAUUUGCUUUACUAAACUUUUAUAGCGAAUUUUCUCAUAAUCCUUUUGGUAUCUCGAAGUAUCGAUAAUGGUUCUAAUUUCUUGGGUUUUUCGAUUUAAAUGGAUAUGUUAAAUAUGUCUUUUCUUUGUAUUUUAUGUGGUACGACAUUGUUAAAGCAAGUCUUGAAUUCAUAGGUUUAAAUAUUCAAAUGAUAAAGUACAAUUUAUUAUUACUUCACGAUGGUGAAUCUCAAAAAGAACCAAGGGAAUUAGUUAUUUCAUAUCGUUUAAUUAUGUUUUUUUUAUGAACCCAAAUGUUCUUUGAUAUUUACACUGUAGUGAACCGUUAGACAUCAUACUAUGAUAACCUUCGCCUCUUAGAUUAGACUACGGGGUUAAAAUUAAUGAGGUCGUCAGAUUGAAUCCAAUGACUGGUUAUAUUCGACUAAUUUAGGGUUAAAACACGGGAUGUUUUAGAAUUCACUUAAAUUUUUGUAUAUACAUUUAUCGUGAAGUUCUUAAAAAUGUUUCGAAAGUGGUCAAAUUUCGACCUUCUUGAGUUGUUCAACGCCAUAGAACGUAUAUUUUUUCAUGAUUAUAUCGGUUUCAAUCGCUUCAAAUCUAAUUAAAAUUAACACGCUCCAAUGAUUUGGAGCAGGCCCACACUUUUGACUAAACUAUCGCACGACGUUGUGAUUGUCGAUUGUUUCGCAGUAAAUUCAACUGAUUAGUUGCAGGACUAAAAAUAGUAGAACAAAUAAACUCAUAGGAAUCAAAGCAAGACUAAACAGUUGUUCGAUAGUUUAAUCAAAGGUGUGCGCGUGCUCUUAACGUAUGUAAUGUUUUUUUGUUUACAUUGCAACGUUUUUAUACGUAAAUCCGUACCAUAAUUACACUACUUAAACACAUGUUAUAAAUUAAAACUUUUUUGGAUUAAUUUAACUACUGGCCGAUCUGAUCGAUAUUUAAGGCUUGUCCCACCACUGGCUGAUAGAGGCUCAGAUAUCUUAAAAAUGACGUAACUGUCAGGUAGCUAAAUCCGAUAUAUCCAUCACAUAUUUUACACGUUGGAUCGUUAUCAGACAAUUUACAAUAGUGGGACAGGCCUUAAAUUUUAUAUCCUUGACUUCAGAUAUUUGACCUAUUUUCAUAAAUGUUUAAUUUUAAACUGUAUAAUUAGAAGUGAUUUCCUGAAACAUUUUUUAAGAUGAAAUGUUUUCCGAGUAUUUAUCAGGAUAAGAAUUAUAAAUACCAAAGCUUUCGGCAAAUUGUCAAUGAUUAUAUUUAAUGUUUUCAUGUAAAAUUAAUUUAUUGGGAUUGGUCUAUGAUAAUUUUUAAGGCCCUUACGCAAUAAGCCAUCGUAGGCGACGACCGCACUCGCCAUUUGAAGCCGCAACGUAAAGGGCUAUAUUUACUACUUAAUUUUAUUGGAGGUACGUUUAUUCGUAACUAGCAUUACGUUAAAUUACUGAAAUAUUUGAGUUUUAUACAGGUUAGUCACAAAAUUUUAUAAAAUGAAUAAAAAACAUGAAACAA